AGUCCUGGGUCUUUGAGCGUGAGACAAGUAAGCCAUGAGUUCAGAGAUGAUUGAUGUCACACAACUCCCAGAGUAUCCAGCGGCAUCCGAAGCGGACCUUGCUGCCGUCGAGAUCGAACAGAAAGUACUGUCGGUGAAACUUUCCAGUAUGACAGUGGAGAUCUACAGUCAGCAGACAGCUCCAUCAGGUGGUUCACCAAAGUUAACAGUGCUUCUGCUGCAUGGCAUGUCUUUCACUUCUCAGAACUGGGUUGAUAUCAAAACCUUGCAGAACCUUGCUUUGUGGGGAUUUCGUGCUGUCGCCAUUGACCUUCCAGGCUAUGGCAAAAGUAAAAAUGAAGCAUUGGGCCCAGUGUCCAACGAAGAGUUCAUGGCAGCAGUGGUAAGCUUGCUUCAGAUUAAACCAGUCAUCAUCAGCCCCUCAAUGAGUGGUGGCUUUGCUCUUCCUUAUCUUUUCGAGGAUCCCUUACAGUCAACGGAAAAAGCCAUAGGAUACAUUCCAGUGGCACCUGUCCUGACAGCGAACUGGGAACAAAAUUACCCCAAAAGUCAGCUGCCAACUUUGAUUGUGUAUGGGAGUAGAGAUGAGAGGCUUGGUUUUGCAAGUAGGGACAGUCUGAAAGUAUUACCAGCAUCCCAGAUUGCUGAAAUACCUGAUGCUGGGCAUGCCUGCUACAUGAAUCAGCCAGCUCUUUUUCACAACCUUUUGUAUUGGUUCCUAAACAAACUUUCAGCUUAAUACAAAAGAUAAAUAUUUCAGCUCUAAUUGUUAUGCAUUUAUGAACAUUCUGGUUCAGAGGGAAUGCUGCUGCACAAAUUGAUUUAGCAUGAAGUGUUAGAUUAGUAUGCAUCUUAAUAAUCUUAAAUGCAUCCUGAUACCUGCUGCUAUGGGUGCUCUUGGAAUAGCGUGGUAUUUGCAUUUCCUUGCUAAAAUAUUUUGUGAUGUAGAUAGGCAGAAAUUGGACUGAUUUUGUGAAAGUGAUGUUUUGCAUAAAUGUUCAGGAAGCUUUCAAGGUUUUCACGAGCAACUUUUGUUAUUCAGAAAACUACACUUUCAACUUUUAUGCUGAUGAUGAUGAUGAUGAUGUAGUUUUGUAACGCGCUAGUAUCCGUAUCACAGAGAUACGCUCAAUGCGCAGGGAACCCAGCAGCCACCAAACUGCAGGGCAAAUGAACAACUUCAAAUAAUGUUAAACAAGUGAGUCUUAAGAUUUUUCUGAAAAGAUGCAAUACUAUCAGACUCCUUAGUCGAGAGGGAAAGUGAGUUCCAUGCUGCUGGAGUUUAUGCUGCUCACACCAUGUACUUUUUUACUAUUGUUCUUGCUGCUGUUGUAACAGAUGCAGUUGUUUUGGGAUAGUUUAUUUUGAAACAAGUGUAAUUGUUCAGAACUGCUAUUGCUGUUGUGACAGGUGUGACUGUUUUCGGAUUGUUCAUACCUGCUGUUGGUGUUGUGACAUGUAUAAGAUGUAGAUAACUACUAAAAGGUAGAAAUUACGUUUCACAUGCACUUAUUUUUUAAGAGCCACGGGCUUGUAUUUUUAACAUUUUCUAGCAGUCUUAAAGAAUUCUACCUUUCUAAUGUGCCUUAUAUGAGUGUGACUUCAGUGGAAAAAAAGAUGACUCACAGACCACAGAUGUGGUUCGUAGGCCUUUCUGUUCUGCUUAUGUCCCUUGGUGCUAUGUUUGCUAUAAUGGCUAGUCAGGUCCUGCUAUUGAGGAAGACUACAGUUGUAGCAGUCUACUCUCAAAUAAAUAUUGAAGAUUAUAUAAGAAAGGGAAGAUUACACAACAUGUAGUUAUGCAAGCCAGAGAGGUUAAACAGAUGCACUUAUUGAAAUCUAAUUUUUUGUUAUUUUUUCGGAUGAGUUGUUGUUUUUGACUAGUCAGAACUUUAGGUAAUAAUUUUUACUUUGCA